AAGAGCAGAGCCACGUCUUCGUCCCAGUGAGAGCGCAUUGAAUGAAAGAAUUCCUAGUCGGGUGGUCCACUUCAAAGACGAGACUGUGAUUGUGCGUGUCUCUAACUGCUGUGAAGAUUUCCAAGCAUGGAGAGUAAGAGUCGAGCUCCUCUCGUACAACUCAUUGAUGGCAUCAGACGGUCCCCCUUUAUGAAGCCUUCUGUCGUCCGCGAGGCUCUCAAGUACAGACCACGCGACGGGGACAUAGUCCUUUUGACGUACCCCAAGGGCGGGUCCCACUGGACGCAACGCAUCAUCCAACUUCUCUUAGAUCGGGGAGACGGCGCAUCAACUUACUCGGAUUUCUUUCGACGAACUCCAGUUCUGGAAUACCACGGUGCUGCGGUCGUCAAUGAUCUGCCUUCACCGAGGUUCUUCAGGACACAUCUCCAGCUGCUCCGGAACAACUUCAACGACAAGGCGAAGUACGUGUAUGUCGCUCGGAACCCAUGGGACACGUGCGUGUCGCUCUACCAUUAUACGCGACGUGUACCCAAGUACAAGUUUGAAGACGGCACGUUCGACGACUUCUUUGAGGCCUUUGUUACUGGAGAGUUGUGCUUUGGAGAGUACUUCGAUCACGUGCUCCAUGGAUACGCUCGGAAGGACGACCCGAACGUCUUCUUCAUGACCUACGAGGAGCUGAAAGCAGAUGCUCCCGGAAUGGUUCUGAAACUUGCCUACUUCCUCGGCGAAGAGUACGGAAAGUUGCUUGAGGGCAGCGAAGAGAUGUUUCAGGAGGUCUUGAUGAAAAGCAGCUUCGAGUUCAUGAGCCGUGUGCUCGAACCUCGAGAGAAGGAGUUUUCGACACUCGUUGAAAAUUCGUCUUCUUUUGCGGACAAGAUUUCCAGCUCCAGACAAGAAGGACGGGAAGAGAAUGACUUCAGGCUUUUUCGUAAAGGAAAGGUGAACGACUGGCCGGAACUCUUUUCAUCCGAUCAAAUCCAACGCAUGGAAGCCAGGAUUGAUCAAAUGACGGAAGGAACGGACCACAUGAGCCUGUGGAACGUAAAAUAA